AUGACCAUCUGUGGUUCGGAUUUGAUGUCGCUGAAGAAAAGAUCACCAGAGGGCUUUAGUGAGAGCACCAUACUUCGCAUUGGCAUUCACGCACUCUACGCCAUAAAACAGCUUCAUGAGAUCGGUUUCGUGCACAGAGACGUUAAGCCUGGUAACAUGAUGAAUGAUUACGGUAGUGAAAAUCAACUUUUUAUGCGUUUGAGACUCCUGAAUUUAGGUAUGGUCCGUAACUUCGUUGUGAGAGAUGCAAAGGGCAUUUCGUUGCGGAAACCUAGAAAAAACGUGCUCCUGCGAGGAACAUUGCGCUAUUGCUCCUUGAGUGUGCAUAGAAGACUGGAGCAGGCACGAGUGGACGAUCUUUGGGCUAUGCUCUAUAUGCUUGGAGAAUUGUAUGUUGGACUACCAUGGAAUCGUAUCACUGUUGAGAAGGAGAUUGAAUGCCCAGAAGAAUUUGUUGCCUUAGCUAAGUAUUUGCGCACGCUUGGUUACCAGGACCGACCUGAUUACUAUAAAAUUUAUAAUUGGUUUAUUGGAGCAAUGAAAAGAGAAAAGUACUCGUUUUCGGAGAAGUAUGAAUGGGAAGAUGACAGUUUAUUCACGGCAAAGAUAAACACGGCUCUAGAUUAUAGUAAUAGAGAAAAGUCAACGAAGAAAGCACUAGAAGGUGCUCUUCAAGAAAAAAAAUUUUCAAGAAAUUUUCAAUCUUCAAACAUUUCAGGAUUUGAAAAGGAAGCGCUCCUUUAUACUAAUAUUCAUGAGCAAAAUUUUAAGGAAGUAGUACUGCAAUUAUGA